ACACCAUCGAAAACUUCCUAAUAAUAAAAUAAAUUAGGUUAGGUCGAGGUCGGAGCAUAUAUGGGAGCGGAGGGAAGCGAGAGAGAGAGACCUUCCUCCGUGGUGCCUCGUGCCCGUCGUUCUUUUUCAUAUUUUUUUCAAAUCCGCGUACACGUAAAUUUGGCAACGGGGAGCAACAUUUAAUGAUCAAAAACUGGUUUCUAUUGCACACUUUCCAAUGCCGUAAACGGCCGAUCGGGACCGAGCAGCACACUCGAACUUCGCGACGGUGAAGAGCGAGAGAAGGAAGGCGGGCGAAUAGAACAGAGCGAGACGACGCGCCGUGCUGCCACGUAAUUGCCGAUCGAUAAACAAAUCCGCGGUGUCCGCAGAUCCAAGUAUUUUAACGCCAAAUUUAAUAAUAAUUGUGAUAUUUAGUAUUCUCAUUUUUGUUAAGUGUGAUAAAAUACAUUAUUAACUUUUUUCUUGUUAAGGUUUAAGACUACUUUGGAUUAUAGGAACCAAGUUUAAGUGCGCAUUAAAUUUAUUGUAUGAGUCUAUGUGUGAAGUUGUUCGUGAGCCAAGUUUCGAUGUCCCCCUCUUCUUAUUCAUGUAUCGCUAAACAUUAGUUGAAUCCGUGACGUCCAAGUUUGUAUAUCUCUCUGGCUGGCCAGACUGAUAUGGAGCACUAAUGACGAUGCGCGCCCCCACCCUCUCCGAGCCGAAGUCUAAUCUAAUAAUAUUUCCUACCUAUCAAGUGCCUCAAGAGUCAGCCAUGCGGGGCAGCGCACCCCAUCAUGAACCAGUACAACAACAACAACAAGACGAAGAAAUAAUAAUCGCUCGGGCGUCUCGGGGGGGUCGAGCCGACCCCCCGUCCCGUCCCCAAAUCGGCGGCGGCCGCCCCCUCACCAUCACCGUGGGGAAACAUGCGGCGGCUGCGGCCACUUUAUCUGUGAUAUCCGGCUCCGGAAGGGGCCCCGCGGUCGCCACUUACCGCCGCGAGGCCUCUGCCCCUAAUCUUAAGCUGCAAUCUGUGACCGAUAAUUGUCUUCUGAACUCUGUUACCGUACCAAAAAUACAACGUAAUGACCGUGAUACGGUCGCCCACAAUAAUUAUUUAACUAAUAAUGAUUUAAGUAAUAAUAAUGUAGAUAGAGAUAAGGUAGUAGUUGAUCGCUAUGAUGAUGUUGAUGAUGGUGAUGAUAAAAUUGAUGACGUUAGUAGUAAGUUUGGUGCUUUGCCCCCUGGACGAGACAUUCCCAACCAAAAGUCUGAUGACCUCGAAGUACUCGACGCAUUGGAGAACUUUCGUUCGACUGCUCUUCAUUGCGAUAACAACGACAAAGACGAUUACCUUAAACGUACUGAACAACAUGGAGAUUACGAUCUGUGCCACAAGCAAAUGAUCCUGCGCACCAUCUACGAUGAGACCAUGCAAGGCCUCUCGCCCCCUUUGAGAUUGAGAGGAGGCGGGGAGAGCUCCCUUAGUACCGGCACCUCCGGAUGGGGCACUCCGCCUUCCCAGCAGGCUAAUAACAACAACAUGAAUAAUACGACCGGCUGGGGUACGGCGAACCCUAACCAACCGAACGGCGCCGGUAGUCAGCAGUGGAACAACAAUGCUAAUCGACCACCGGGUUCAUCCCAAAAUGACGCCAAUAAAACAAACGCGGGCGGCCAACAACCGCCGACCUCGCAAUCAAAUAGCGCGGGCGGCUGGGGUCAACCGGGCGCCAAACCGCCCCAAGGAACCAACCAAGGAGCGCCCUCCGGUGCCGCCGCCGCAGCCCCACCGGCCAACAACAACGCCCAAAACAAUCCCCAGAAUGCCAACAACACCAACACGACCAAACAGCAACUCGAGCAAUUGAACAACAUGCGAGAAGCCAUUUAUAGUACCGAAGGAUGGGGCGGCCAUGUAAACCAAGACUCCCAAUGGGACAUACCGGCCAGUCCAGAGCCCCCUAUGAAAAUGGACGGUUCCGGGCCUCCGCCAUGGAAACCGGCUGUCAAUAACGGAACGGAACUGUGGGAGGCGAAUUUACGUAACGGCGGUCAGCCUCCACCGCAGCCCCAACAAAAGACCCCCUGGGGUCACACCCCAUCUACCAAUAUCGGAGGCACGUGGGGCGAGGAUGACGAUGCCGCCGAAAGUUCCAACGUUUGGACCGGGGUGCCUAAUAAUCAACAACAAGGAUGGAAUAAUAAUUCGAAUACCAUGUGGGGAGACUCAAAUAAGAGAGUGGCAGGUGCCGCAGGUAAUAACGCUUCCGGAUGGGGCGACCCAAGAGCCCCCGCCGACCCAAGGGCGGCUGCGGUGGCCGCCGCUGCCGCCAUGGAGAUGCGACCCGAUUUAAGGGCGGCCGCGGCCGCUUCUGGACUCGAUCCGAGACAGCUGGAUCCCAGAGAGCAAAUCAGACAGAUGACUGGAGGUGAUAUGCGUGGAGAUCCUAGAGGCAUAACGGGAAGACUGAACGGAGCAGGUGCGGAAUUUUGGGGCCAAACGGGUCCACACGUGGGUCCCGGGGCGAUGCACCACCAGAACAAAAUGCCCGUAGGGCCCGGCAAUGCCGGCGGAUGGGAGGAACCUUCGCCGCCCACCCAGAGACGUACUAUGCCCAAUUACGACGACGGAACAUCCCUUUGGGGUAAUCCCCAGCAAGGGUCUCAUUGGCAAGGUAUGUCCACAGGCGCGGGUGGUGCCAUGGGCGGCCGGCCUAGAGGCGGCCCGCCCGGAAUGGCGCCCGGCCGUAAACCGGAGGGCGUCUGGGGCGGCGGCGGAGGAGGCGCGGGCGGCGCAGGUGGCGGCGGUCGUAACGGUUGGGACGACGGUCCGGCCGGAGCGGGUUGGGGCGACGAACCGGGCGCACCCUGGGCCAAACCGAAGGGGCCGGGCGGCCUGUGGGACUCCGAACUCGAUUGGGGCCACAAACCCCAAAAUAAACCGCAGUUCACCAAGGAACAAGUUUGGAAUUCAAAGCAGUUUAGGAUGUUGGUCGACAUGGGAUUUAAGAAAGACGACGUGGAAAACGCACUUCGUAUGCGCGAAAUGAACAUGGAGGAAGCUCUGGAGCUGCUUAGCCCGUUGCGUCGCGGCGGUGGUGACGGAUGGGGCGCAGGGGCGCCUCACGACGACCAUUUCGAACACAACCAGUUCCCGGGGGCGGCACAGAGGUUCGCUGGUCUCGGAGGCCCUACGGGUAAUCCUUUGGGCGGCGGCGGAUAUCCUCCGGGUCCCGGACUACUUAACAGUAUGGGAGGAGGAGCGGGACAACCAAACAGCUCUCUUAUAAACAACAUUUCGCCCGCGGUGGUCCAAAAGAUCCUGUCGACGCAGCAAGCGGGUGGGCAGGGCGUGGGCGGAUUCGUCGGUAGCGCCGGCGGUCGACCCAUGCAACCCCAGAACCAACCGUCCACGCAGCAGUUGCGCAUGCUCGUGCAACAAAUCCAGAUGGCCGUGCAGGCCGGUUACCUCAAUCAUCAGAUCUUGAAUCAACCGCUCGCACCUCAGACUCUAGUCCUACUCAAUCAGCUGCUGCAGCAGAUCAAGGCGCUGCAACAGUUAAACAGUCAGCAACAGAUCACUUUGCAAUCCGGCAAAGGGAAUGCCAAUAACCCCACUUUGGUGCAAUUUUCUGUACUAAUUUCGAAAACUAAGCAGCAAAUCAUCAAUAUUCAGAAUCAAAUUCAGGCUCAACAAGCGCAUUACGUUAAACAGCAGCAGCAAGGUCAGAUCGGUGGUUACGAUUUUAAAUCGAACCCAAUGCACGAUUCGAUCAACGCAUUACAGAGCAAUUUCGCCGAUUUGGGUUUAAACAAAGACCCGACUCAGCAAUCGCAAUCACGACUAAACCAAUGGAUCAACAAAGACAAAGAUGAGAACAGCGAAUUCAGCAGAGCGCCCGGUUCUUCAUCUAAGCCAGUAGCUACCUCGCCGAACAUGGCUCCUAUUGGACUGACCCAACCUGAUGGACCGUGGUCUAGCGGCCGUUCAGGUGACACCGGUUGGCCGGACUCGAGCGGGGCGGACACCACCAACGACGUAAAAGACGCACAGUGGGGCGCAGCCGCUCAACCUUCCCUGACUGAUUUAGUACCUGAAUUUGAACCUGGAAAACCUUGGAAGGGUAAUCAGAUAAAGUCUAUUGAAGACGACCCGAGUAUCACGCCCGGAUCCGUAGUGCGUUCGCCGCUCUCGAUCGCGACAAUAAACGUCAAAGAUAACGAAUUGUUCGGCAUUAAUUCAAGCAAGAGCCCGCCGGCCACCGAUGCCAUGCAGUCUCUCAGCUCGUCUACUUGGUCAUUUAAUCCUCCGUCUACCUCCAGUGCUUUUACCAGCCCCCAGAUCAAACUGCCAACAACCAAAGGUAGCCUUGGCGACCUGAACCCCGGCACCGCGGUGACCUCGGAGCUAUGGGGCGCCCCUAAAUCGCGUGGACCCCCGCCCGGUCUUUCCGGAAAGGGCGGCUCUCUGGCCAACGGUUGGACCGGACCUCUCGGUGGUGGUGGCGCCGCCCCCUGGUGCGGCUCCACCAACGUCGGCCAACGUAACUCAGGCAAUUGGGGCGGUUCGACCGGCGGCACUUCCCAGUGGUUGCUAUUGAGAAAUCUUACUGCACAGAUUGACGGAUCGACUUUGCGAACGCUUUGCAUGCAGCAUGGUCCGUUGCUAAGUUUCCACCUCCAUCUCCAUCAAGGUUUUGCACUUGCCAAAUAUUCAUCGCGCGAGGAGGCCACCAAGGCCCAAACUGCGUUAAAUAACUGCGUCCUCGGCAACACGACAAUUUUGGCGGAAAAUCCGACCGAUUGGGAGGCCAACACUCUCCUGCAAAGUAUCGCGAAUCAACAAGGAGGAAAUUCUGGUGGAUGGCGCAGCUCAUCUACGAAACCAGGUGGUGAUACAUGGAGCACCGGAUGGUCCAACAAUCCAACGAGUUUAUGGGCGACCACGCCUCUGGAUUCAAGCGACCCCGCCCGAGCCACCCCCUCGAGCCUUAACUCCUUUUUGCCCAACGACCUAUUGGGCGGCGAGUCGAUGUAAAUUAAAGGCAAGUGAAAAUAAGUCAGGAUAAGAACAAAUAAGCUAAAAAAAAUUAAAAUAAAUAAAUAAAAAGAUAUAUUUAUAGAUAAUCAAUUGCAGAUAACAGUAAGAAAUGUAUCAGACUUUAAACCCGCGUUUCCUUUCCGAAUUAGUUUGGACUAUUUAAUUUUAAUAUUUGGAUGAUAUUUAUUGAUGUAUUAUUUGAUUCGAGACAAAGAUCGACUUUUUACUGUUGAUGUAAAUGUAUUUCUACUAUUAAUUUUUAACGAGGUGAUUUUAUAUAGUUGUUGUUUUAGAAUAUAUUCUGUUUUUUUUAUGAUUAAGGUUAAAGUAAGGGGGAAGUUGUAGGAGUAAAACCAAAAGUAAACUAUAGGAAUUUUCCUGUAAAUUAUGGAAAAUUGGGAAUAAUUUUAUUUUGCGUUCUUAUUAAUUUAUUUUCGAGUUGCCAUUUUUUGUUUUGUAAUUUUUCCGAUCGUUUUUUUUAGUUUUCACUGGUUCUGUGAAAAUAAUUAAGAAUUAUUAUAUUAUAUAUAACUAAUGUAUUUGUAGCUUUAAACGGAAUAGUUAAACCAUUGUGUCAAGAAGAAUAGUGACUUAAAGAAAGAGAGGAAAAUAAUCCGACUGCGAUGCGUUUUUUGUUAUUUCUUUUAUUUAAAAACCGAGCUCAAUAGAAACGCACCAAGUGACGCAUAUGAAAAUAUGAAAUGUAACCUAAACUAGUCCCAAUUAAGAAAAGGUUUAUUAUUAACUAUAUUAUAUAAUGAAAUAUAUAUUAUAUAUAACUAUGUGACCAAACUCAUGAUAAUUACAUUUUAUAUAUUUCGAGCUCUUAGAAUAGACUUCUCAUAUAAUUAGAUAUUUUCCUAUAUAUUAACACUUUGUAAUAUUAAUGUUGUUUUUAAUUAUUAUUAUUAAUAUUAUUACUGUUUAAUCGGUUAAUUUAAUGGUACCUAAGUUAUUUUAUAAUGAUUACGUUUUAAGUGACUCGGUGUGGUAAUCUUUUCGUGGCAUGUAUCCUAUCCUAUUUUCGUUUUCAGUUAAGUAAGGCGAUUGGAAAAAUUGCGCAGGGGUAUAUGUGACGAGAGUGAUGAUGUGGUGACAUUUCGAUGCUUCUUGGGCUAAUUUUAGAUGAGUGUCAGUUAAAAGAAAAGAAACCUUUUAUUUAUCUAUAAAUGUGAUAAAUCUGCAAGUUCGUUAAAGACUGAGUUUUAUAUUAGCCAUUUUUUAAAAUAGAAGACCACAUUAGCAGAUGAUUAAAUUGUCGUUGUCGGCCCAAGAACUAUCCUAAAUAGAUUGUUAGUUAGAUCGGGCAACUUAUGGCAUCGUUUAUUCCUCACCAGCAAAUCAUACCGACUGGCCUAUUUAAGUUAAAAACGGAUUUCUCAAAAAACACAUGUCAAUUUUCUUAUCUCUCUGGUCGAAAUAAUGAUGCCACCCCCGUUGCCGGAUUGUUGUUGUCCGUUACGUCACCGUUUUAAAGGGAGAUGCAAACACUCUCCCGUCCCCGCAGAACCUGUGAUCUCCUAUUCCUGAUAUAUCAAAUUACACUUACAAAUUAUACAUGUUUACGUAAGCUGUUAACUAAAAUAUUUUUGGGUUGGAUUAGUCCCAAAUUAAAAAAAUAAAACACCACACAAUCAGUUCUUAGACUGCACGCUAAAUGAAAGUAUUCUUAAAUAAAUUUAAGUAAUAAAUUUGGGAAAAAAAACCAAAAUAUCGUUAAUGAAAGUUUAUUAUUAUACCCUUAAAUCGUAAUGUAUUUCUGUGUUUAAUGGAUGUGUUAGCCGUAGACUUUGAAUAUCGUUACAUUUUUUUAGUCUGUAUAAACUGUGAUUGAUUUGAUCACAAUAAGAAUUAACAAACAUGUGUUAUCGUGGUGUUCAUACAAUAUCGAGAUUCAACUUUAUAGCUAACCAAGUGUGAAAGAGUGAGAGAUUAAUAAAUAAUAUUAUUGUCCCGGCUCACUGUAACUUGGACGUUACGCGACUUAUUAAGCAAAUGGAUUCAGAUUAGUCAUAAGUUUUUUUUUUAAAUUUAAGAUAAUCGUUAAUGUUUCGGUACGCCCCAUUAUGCCUAAGAUCAAUCAACUUUGAUUCAAAUUACAAGGCAUUAAUAUAAUGUUCAUAUUACAUCUCUUUUUAAUGGCCGACUAACUCGUAUUAGAUACGACGUUUCGUUUCUUUUUAAUUAUUAGGAUUUUUGGAAAUUUUUACAAACAUUAUAGCUCAGGAGUGCUCCAAAUUGCCUAGAAUAAAUCCUUGUUUAUUCCAAGUUCUAUCCCCCUUGUGACCGAAAUGUCUGGAUGUUUUUUAUUCCAAAUGCUAGGAACAUCACUUUGGUAUAUUUUACACCAAGAGCCAAACAUUCCAAAGCUUUUUCUCCAGAAAACUAAUUUAAAAGUUAAACAACGUCGCACCUAAUACUCCUUAAAACAACCAAAAUGUAUUCACGGAUCAACUUAAAGUAAACCCUCUAAUGAUAAUCCUCCUAAUCUCCAUUUUAUUUUGUAUGUGAAUUAUAUUUUUAUUAGUGAGGCAGCUGAACCGAACCUUUUCUAGUCUUUGUUUUAUAAUUCGUCAAUCCAUUUGCUCCAAGUUACCAAACACGAACUCUAGUGGCGAAAAAGACUGAAGUUAUUCGAGCCUUCAAAGGAUGCAUUUAACCUCUUUAAUGGUAUCGUAACGUCCUAGUUAACCGUGACGGUGCGCAGGAAGAUUAUUUUUAUCACCGGAAACAAAAAAAAAACGUCGAAUCGUAUAAGUUUUAGGUUGGGAUGAUUUGAUCUUCUGACGUUGAACAUGAACUAACAGUUUAAAAAAAAGUACAUAACUGUGCUGUGACUCUUAAGUGGCUUUUUAAUUUUUAAAAAUAACUGAAAAAAAUCCAAAAAAAAGGUAUGUUUUUUUGAGAGGAAAAAACUGUCGUUUCUUUGUUAGCUUUUCAAAGAUGGUUGGGCGUCCGUUUAGUAGAUCUAGCGAUUCGAGUCAUAUCGUGCAAAAAUAAUGGAACAAUAAUAAACUAUUAUCAAAAAUAAUAUGUAUUUUUUAAUAUAUUAGAGUUGAAAUUCAAAACAGUAGGUCUAAGAAACGGACGGUUUUUUUUAAAUAUAUAUUUAAAAAAAGGUGCAAAAAAACAGGCUGUUCUUUCCAACAGGCUGACACUGCUUUAAACUUUUGAAAAAAGACGCUUUACUUAAGCCUACUGGAAAUAAUAGACCUCUCUUUUAAGUUCCAAAAUAGAGAAUAUUUAGUAUCUUAUUGCCAAUUUACAUUUUAGUAUAUAUGUAUUAGCCUUUAGGUAUUACGAUAUUACUUAGUAGUUAAGAAACUUGGUAGUAGGGAUAUAUUGUGUGUUCUUAUAUAAUCGGACAACCACAAAACUCUGAAUCAUACACUAUUAAUGCUGUUGGUCAAAACCAACAUUUCCUGGUAAAAUGGCGAACUUUUUGAAGCAAAUAAGCUUUUGUUCUCCCGUUUAACGAUAACAGGGUACUACUGGGCGAAAAACUAGAUUAUUUGCCACAAAACAUUCCGAUUUUCUGAGGAAAGCAAUCAAAUAGUAAAAGCCUAGGUGUGUUAUUGGCACUGUAAUAUUUUAUUUCGUAUUUUAGUCUAAAUUUGAAAAAAGCAAUGACAUUUGAACCCCACACUAUCCCGCGCGGCCUUCGUAAGUGGUUGUUAACCGUCAACUAGUAACAUUUAUCUAAACCGCAUAAAAUAGAAACGUUAGAGCACUUUGACUAUUUUAAAAAAUGACAAACUGCCUUUUUGUACAACUUCCAGUCUGAAAGAAUUUCGAUUAUUUUGCAGUAAAUUGGUACUAAAUCACCAUAUUUUUUUUCAAAAUUAACUUAGGUGUUAGGUACUGUAUAGACUCCCCUUCACCGGUGAUUUUAUACUAUUAAUGUAAACGGUCGGUAAUGUCUUAGAAGGUUCUUUUUUUAUUCGCACCAAUUGUGAAAACCCCAUGUAAUCUCUAUGGGGUUUUAGGUCAGGACUUUGGAGUAACCACGAUUAAUAAAGAAUUAUUUUAUCGAUAAUGUAUGUUUGGGAAUAUGGCACUAAACAGCAAAAUUCAAAUAAGUUGAUAAGCACUCGAAUAUGUAUUUUAAUACUUAAGAAUUUGGAUAUUUAGAUAUUCAGGACAUGUUUUUUUUUACGUCAGUUUUUUUUUUUUUUUUUUUUUUUUGAGUAAUUUUGAAGAAAGUUCUACUUCAGACUUCUUUUUCUAUAAACCAUACUCCGAUUCAUUUUAAUUCAACUAUAAUUUUAAUUCAAAAUUACAAUGCAGUCUUAUCUACAGUUAACUUCAUAAAUCGCCGUAAAAUUAUAAAAAUUAGUGGUAUAGGGGAAUUAUUUUAUUUAAAUUUCUAACACAAAAUUGUACGUAUUCAAUAAUGGACCAAAUAAUUAGUUAUUAAAAUAAUUUAUUCGUAGCGUAAUAAUUUAUUUUAAAUAAUCAAUUAUUUAAGGUGCGAUUUUGAAUAAUUUGACCCAAACAUGUCUGAAUGAAAUCACGUGUUUGCUGGAAAAUAGUAAUUUUCCGAGAAUUUCUGGGAUACUGGAGUAAAUACCCCAAGCUGCCUUAGCAAAAACGUCAAUUUCCAACCACCGUCAUAUAAAAAAAGAACCUUCUCACCACUUUUACCAGCCAUGUAUUGUGAUUUACUUAUUAAUAUAAUAAUGUAUAUAAUAUCAAGUGUGCAUUAUAUAAAUACCGGGGUGAAGUAUAUACUUUGUCAAACUAUAAACUUGCACCCCCUAAUUAGUUUCCUAUCGUCUGAUAUUUGUGUACCUUUUAAUAUUUAGAUUGUAAAGUUGUUUAUUUGUAACAAAAAACAUCAUAAAAAAAACAAAAAAAAAAUAUAAGCUCAGCUUAAGUAUCACAAUAAAUAGUCUUAGCCUUUGCACGACUAAAUAAACAAACUCGUGGCUAAAAUACUGUGAGAACGUAGCAAUUUCUAAAAUUAAAAGAAUCACCGGCGUUACCUGAACUAUUUGCAAUAUAUUAAAGCAAACAGCAACGAACGUUCAAGCAGGAAACGUGCAUUGAUACGUAACUAUCAAAAUUUUAAAAAAAUACGCCUCCUCAACCCCCAAAUGAAGCUCAUAUAACAUUUCGUCUUGUAAAUACUACAAGUGUUAGAUAAUUGUUAAAAAAAAAAUAAUAAAAACAAAACCGUUAGUAUUUCGUUUAGGUUUACAGUAUUUGUGAUCAAAGUGCCACUUGUGUUUUCAAGUAUAUAUAUUAAAAUAUAUUUAAUCAUUGCCACUAAAUACUAUAUUAUUACAAUAUAUAUUAAUAAUUAAAGAUAUAUUAUAUAAUGAGUACACCAUUGUAAUAGAGGAAAUAGAAUUAAUAAGGCGAGUUGCCUAUAAUAAUUAUUGUAGUAGUGAAAUCUUGGUGUUCGGUAGUUCUAAGACUUAUUUAACUUGACCUGACUUAAGUAUUUUUUCUUUUUUAAUUUAACAGGGGAUUAUCUCCUAAAGACUUAAACGGUUCUUUAGGUAGAUGUUAAUUUUGAGUUUCACUUGAACUCACACAAGUAUAGAGGUUUUUAUUUACUAUUUGGGUUUUAUGUUACUAAUAGUAUAACCUUACAAAGGUUCUAUUGAGUUAAGGUAUCUUCAGGCUAUCGGAGAGAUUAUCGUUUUGGAUCUUUAUUUUUGGGACUCUCAGCUAAUGUCCUUUGAGUGUAUUAGGUUUAACCAAAAAUUAAUCAAUUUAAAGGAAAAUUUGUGAUUCCAGUUGUUUUAAAUAAUUUGCAAAUACGUCUUUCAAAGACAUUAAGUUGCAAUGUUUUAUGUAAUUACAAAUAAAUCUGAAAAAUCAAAGGUUUCAUAAUUUUUAAAAAUAAAAUUAAUAAAAAUAAAGACUUCACUCAAAGAGUGUCAUGGACAACAAGUCACUUACUAUGCGUUAAAGACUACAUCAUACAUGUAGAUUUGCAGAUUUAUUCAACUUAUCUCACUAGGCCUUUUACCUCACGUUUUACCUGAUGGACCUUAACGAUUAAUCAAAAAUUAGUAACAUUUAAUCCCAAAAAAAAUUAAUUUUUUUUACUCUCAUGAAUCCAAGAAAAAUAUCCUAUAAUAUUUAACGCUUUCUAUGAUAAAAUUAAGACUAUAAAAUGCCAAAGUUGUGUGAGCGGUUCGAGUUUUUUAGAUUAUUUUCAAUUCAUAUCAUAGAAACCUACUGCGAUACUUAUCACGAGCAUCAUUUAAUCUUUUUGUUCUUUCACUCCUCCCCAUUGUAAAACGUGUUAGGUUCUACGGCUGAUCUUAUAAAUAACGUCCAUAUCAAACGUCGCUUUCGUUCUUCUUUAAACGCAUUAAAAGAUUAGGUGAUGUUAUUGUUUAACUAAUCCGGAUCUGUCUUAUAGCAACUUUGACAAGGUCACAUUAAAGUCUGCCAAAAAUUGUAACCCUGACUUUAUAUAGGUUUAGUAUAGAGUUAUUUUUAUGAAUCGGCAAUAAUAAUAAUAAUAAACAUUUACUUUUUAAAAUAUAUAAAAAGUGAGUAUUUUAAUGAAAUUACGGUUUUUAAACACUUUUUCUAAACGGGCCGCCGGUCCUAGAUAACAUAGAAAGCUUGUCGCUUUUUUAGUGAAAUAAAUGCGCAAUGUGUUUUUCGUAUUAUAUAACACUUGAUAAUACCAAUCGAUGUGCCUCUUGACUUUGUUAUAAUAAUAAGUAACUUAAAUAUUUAAAAAAAAUCGUGACCUGGUUGGUCUCAGUUUUGUCCCGAGAAUGAAUAUCUACUUUAACCAAUGAGCUUUAACAGAAACUUAUUAUGUCUUUUUAUACGACUAAGGUUAAGUAACCACCAAUAUUUGGACCUUAAAAAGGGAGAUAUAAGCGUACAAUUAUUAUGUUUAAAUCUCUUUUAGUUUAAGUGAUUUGUCUAUUAAGAGAAACUUGCUUACAAAAAAAUGGUUUAUGGGUAAAUUUAAGUGUGUGUAUGUGCGUAUACUUAAUUAAGGGAAUUGUUACUUAUGCAGUGGCAGCAUUUAGUCAUUAGUAAAUUAGUAUUAAGUAUAAUAAUAAUAGAAUAAGCUCCUGGAUAAAUUUAAGAACUGUGCAAUACUUUCACCCUUAAAGUAUUAUUUAGUUUGACCUUGGAGGGCUCUAAGCCCUCUUUUGCACAGGUUUUCUUGCCCCUCCCCCUAAUACACAAUUUCUUUUUUUGUACUCUUGUCACUAUAUACCAAAGACCUUUUGUGUCAUAUUAUACUGAGUUAAAUUUUUUUUUUCGAAUUUUCGCCAAAUUCUUCCAACCAUGGUUGUGAUAGUCAUAGUAUAGCGCUUUCAUAUUCCACGUGCUGAAUUGUGUUUUUUUUUUUCAAUUCUACCAAUAAGUUGUUAAUAUAAUUAGAUCCUGAAAAGGCCGAAAGGUCGCCACUUUCAGCCUUUACAGCACAAAACUCAAGUGCCUAUAAAUAUGUGCAAUUGAAAAAUUUGGGCCUGACUUAUAAGACAGGGUUUAAACAUAUUUAGGCGAAUUGAUUGUAUAUUUAAAUCGGCUACGGUUUAGCCCCACUAUUGUAUAAAAAUAAAACAAAUUUUGCUGAAGAAACCUAGAAAAAAACUUAGAGAGUAAAAAAACCCGUAAGAAUAAUGGUGUGAUUUUUUGGAGGACUGGCGCACGCAAUGGCGUCACAUUGAUAUUUUUAUUGAGAAAAAUGACUAUUUUUUAGAAUAUCCCGCGAUUGCGCGUGCCCGCCGCCUGUCGAGAUGUAAUUUUUUUGUUGACCCCCGUCGUCCACCCCCCCGUGCGACGCCAAGGGUUUAUGCUAGCAAGGUACUGCCAACUGUAAAAAGAAUAUUGUAUGUUCUAAUAUUAUCAGAGUUUUAUCGCGUAGGUUAAUAAUUGUACUAUAAAAUUUCACUAACCGGAGAGUUGUUCUUUCUGAAACAGGUACGAAUAAUAAAAAAAACAUUUAAUUAGUUAGUUGUGGGGUAGUUAAACGGUUGUUAGGCCCUCAAUCUCAGGUUUAGGAUUUAUUUUCUAGUGUGUAAACUAAUGAGUUACUAAAUGUUACAUUCCUUUUGAAAGUAGUUCGUGUUGGGAUUUGAAGCAUUUUUGUCAAUAGGAAACACUCUUUCACUAAUUUUAAAAUAGACCCAGUACUUAGGACCAAACACAGAUUUUUUUUUUGGUAUAUUUUUAAUUCAGUAAACGGACACAAACCUUCAAUUGUGAUCAAAACAGCAGAUGGUUUUUUGACAUCACUUUUACUUGGUUUUUGGUUUCAGUUAGAUUAAUUUUAAUGAUCCAUCUCGCUUUUAAAGUUCCUUAGAAGAUUUAUUAAUUAGUCAUUUAUGCUUAACUAAUUUCUAUUGCAUUUUUUUUAAACUUUGAAUAACUGUUUUACUAUUCAAGAUAGAGACUUCAUUCAAAGACUAUAAUAUAAAAGCAAGACAUAUAUAUAACAGCAAGUCAGGUACUAAAUUUUAUGUAAUUUUAAAAAAAAUAUUAAAAAUUAAGAGUUUUGGAGAAAAAGUCAAAUUUAGGUUUUUUGCUUUUUUCAUGAAUUGCAUUAUUUCCAACAAACAGGAUAACUUUUUUACAAAUAAAGGUAGAAACUUGAUUUAAAAACUGUGGUAGACAAUAAGUCACAUAGUUUUUUUUUAGGUAAUUAUUAAAGAAUUAGAAAAUAUCAAGGAUUUUGGAGAAAAAUUGACAGUUGUGAGCAACUUAAAGAUUAUAAUGGAUAACCAUUUUUACACACCAUGUUUUAUAUAACCAUGAAAACGUCUCAAAAAAAAUCGAAAAUUAUUAUAGCAUUUUAUGGCCUAACUGAACCAAAUUCCAAAUUUUGCGUUGCCAAAUGAACCACUUUUAUCCAGUUCUAUGCCAGGUACUGCAUCAUUAACUUUGUGAAACGAAAAAGAACCCAGUUGUUAUCGUAGAUAAAUCAAAUUAAAAAAAAAAAUGCCUUAAAAUGACAAACAAAAGUGUGCUCUCUUUCUAGUUAAUUUAUAUAGUUAAUAUUUAAGGAACGUAGUUUAGAAUAAAUUGCCAUUGAUUGGCCAAGAAAGACUGUAGAGGGAUACCAGGUGAUUAAAAAAACUUUUAGUUGACCGAGUUCGGCCUCUUUUACCUAAACGUUUUUUUAACAGUUCAUUUAAUAGGGUUUAUAAGACUUGCACAGAAUAAAGUAAGAACUUUAGGUCCAUCUAAAAAAGGUGCUGUUACAGCUAAUUUUUGUUCGUCAACGGAAUCUCUACACAAUAUAAUAUAUUAUUUUGGCAUUAUAAGAGUUUCCUUGUCAUAUCAAUUAUUAAUAAAGACGGAGUCGUCGGUUAUCGAUUCUUUUUUUUUUUAAGUGCCAAAAUUUCGCUUUAGGAACCUUUUUGCUCAUGGCGAUUGAUCUACGCAGUCGCAUACGCUUACUUGCUGUGUGUAAUAACUUAAAAAUGCAAUAUGUGUAUAUAUUGGCUGAUGAAUUCUUGUACAAUUGUUAUGAUUUCAUAGUAUAUUAUUGUGUAAAUUUACUUAAUUGUUAGUAUAGAAAAUGUGUUAUUACUUAUUUAAGUAUUCGAUUAAAUUAAUUUAUACUAAUGAAAAUAAUAAUUAUAAAAAAAAAAUGCAAGUUUCUCUUAUAGAUAGAACACUACUGUUAGAUUUUGAGUAUGCUCCGGACUUGUAUAAUAAUGAUUACUAUGUACUAUAAACCAACAACAAUUACUACUAUAUUUUGUUUACGUUUUACGCACGCCCCUUGUGAUUUCCUUUCUUUUGUGAUAUAAGUACAAUUUUUGUGAUAUACUGAUAAUUAUAGCGUAUUUUAAUAUUGUUUUUAGUAAUUUGGAUGUGUCCAAUUUAAUUGCACGAGCGUGUUGAAAGUCGAAAUUUAUAAAACGUACCUCUAAUUAGCGAUCUUAAGUCGAUAACAUUUAUCUUUAAAAGAAAUAUUUAUUAUAUUAAUAGUGUUUUUUAAUUACGAGAAAAGUAUCACGUUAGGCAUUAGUUUAGCCCUAAUAUGGGGACAUUUCAGUCAAAACAUUUUAAGAUUCAGACUAUGGGGUUUCUUUUUGAUCGUCAGAUAUCUUAUAGAAUCCUCAAUUUGGGGUAUUUUUAAACAGAACAUUCCUAUACACAAUUUCAUCCCUGUGCGUGAAUUAAAUACAAACCCCAUUUGGGAUCAUUUUAAUUAGAUUACAACACUUCUUGAAUUAAAUGAUUUAAUCACCGAUCCAUGAUUUUUGUAUCUGAUCCGCUCUUGGGUGGAUCAGAUACAAAAAUCUCUCUUCAUAAGUUAUUUUUUUUAAAAUCCUUAAAACAUUCUCAUUUAGAUUACCAUUGAUUGCUCCAGGGUGAAGUACCAUUAUGCCAAGCAAAAUAAUAGGCGAAGGGCCCUGUUUACUUCACAAUCUUUAUUUCAAAAAUCCCGACGCGUUUCGACUGUUAAACCAUUAUCAAGGGAAAACUAUGUAGGUAAAAUAUAAAAGCGUGUUAUUAAACUAAUAAAUUAAUUAAAAACAUAGUAAAACUUACAUGAUAUUAUCAGAAAAUGUCCAUUAAAAGGUUAAAAACAACGGCAAACACAUAACAUUAAUCUAAAAACAUCUCAUCACACCGUAUAUUUACAAACAAUAACGGAUUUUGGUUUUUUAAAAAAACUCCAUAUGGGUACUACAUUAUACACAGAUAUUUAAUACUAGUACGAAUAGAAACAUCUAGAAUCAAACGCGUCGGGAUUUUUGAAAUAAAGAUUUGUGAAGUAAACAGGAUCCUUCGCCUAUUAUUUCGCUUUGCAUUCUCAUUUAGAUUCCUAAAACAAUCUUGUUGGGAAAAUAGCCCUCUCAAAAUAAUUGCAACCCAUCAGAGGCAACAUUUUUGCCUUUAGACAUCAGGUUUAGGAUUUUUCAUGCAUAAGGUUCACAUAUGUCUGCCCUUAACUUGGAACAUUCUCAAUUAGAUCAUAAGAUUCUUAUACAAAAAUAAUCCUAUAACAAAUACAAAGGGCCCAAAAAUCAUUCAAUCAGCCCAUUAAAAAAAAACUAUUUCAAGUAUAAGUAAAAAAUAAUGAGUUAGAAUAAAAUAAAAAAUAAAUGAGUUGCGUAAAAUGUAAACAAAAAAAGAGUUUAAUUAUUAGCAUCACAUGACUUGCUUGUUUCGAUUUGGUGUUAGGAUGGUAUAUUCUUGCAACAAAUGGCCUAAAACAAGUUCCCUCCUGUCAAUCUAGUCCAUUUUUAAUGUCCAACUGAAAAACUAUUCCAUUUAUUCUCUUGUCAUUCUGUUUUGUUGUUUGUAUAUCUUGUUUUGUUGUGUAGGAUCGUGGAUUUUUUGUAUCUUCCAAAAGUUGUUGUUUUUUUUUUAAGUUCCUUAUAUGUAUUUACUUAUCUUAUGGGUCGCUUACUUUUAGCCUUGUACUGUUUACUUUUUAGGUUGUUACGCAUAAAAAAAAAUUAUUAAAAAAUCGAAUAACGCAAUAUGUAAACUUUCCUGUAUUGACAGAUUCAAAUAUGUGAUAUUGCUGACAAUUUUUAAAUAAUAUUGUAUCUUCUACCGAUAUCUAUUAAAUCUUAAAAGAGAAAAAAAGCAUCACUAAAUAACAUUUUUGACAUAGUGAUCCAUUUAGAGUGUCGAUGAUGGGGCGGGUGAUCCCGCCGCCCCUAAAACUGAUUUAUAGGCUGUCUGAUUUUUUUUGUAAAGACAUUUUUAGGGAUGUGUACAAUAUAUGAUAAACAUAUAGAUUAAGAUGGUUUGUAGCAUAGACGGGUCUGUCACUAAUAUGUUUGGAUAAAGUCUGAUCUGAUAAGGGAGAAAAAACUAAACAAUAAAAACGAAUCUCUGACAUAAAUAGAAAAAAAUAAACGAGGGUUCUUCUCGCCCUUAAACUGUCACUAGGAGGGUAAACUCAGGGACCAGGCCAAAAGUCACGGUGAUAUCAAGUAGUAAAAUGUUAUUAAUGAAAAUCAAAUCAGAGAAUAAAAUAGUUAACAUCCCUCAAGUAAUUACACUACCCUAUUAUAAAACUCAAUUAAAUGUUGUAGAAAGAAAAUAUUUUCAAAUCUGUAUAAAAUAGUUUUAAUGUUAUAAAACUACCCGGCUGCACUGUAAAUUCUAAAUUAAUUUAAUAAUAAUAAUAAUGAAUCGAGUCCAAUCCAGUCUCCCAAAAAAAAAUUAAGAUACGUUCGUAAACGUACAUUUAUACAGUGCAGAUGGGCACCUAGGUUUAAGUUAGGUUAUGUAAGUGCUUUUGAACAACAUAUUUUGUUGUUUAUGCUCUGUACUUGUAACCCAAAUGACCAGUAUGCAUUCAGUAAUAAAGGUUGUCUUAAUGUA